AUGCGAUGGCGCUGUCGCUUACCUGUGCUCACACUGCAAGAAGACACUCACCAAGAAGGAUUCCAGAACUGUGUCAGCAAGCAGCAAGCCUGUGUGCUGCGCAAGUUUGUUCAAGACGAGAUUUUCGUGGAGAUUAAUGAUGAUGCCCCAAAAUUCAGGCACCAGCAGCUGUGGUGUCUGGUGACGGUCGGCUUUCUGUUUCACGAUGAUGCCUUCCAAGCUGUGUCCUCCUGUGGUGGAAGGAGAAGACUGAUCUUCAGCUCCUUUAAGGGCUUGAUUCUCAUCCUGGAGAGUGCAAACCUCAGGACCCUCUCACCUCCAAAACACAAGAGAAAAGAGAAAAAUCCAAGUGAGAAAAAAGUGGUUUCACCAGCCAAGACGAGCUUGUGCAGAAAUCCAAUAGGUAAGCACCAGAUCAUGGAUUUCUACAAUCCAGACCUGACUCCGAGCAGCCACGGGCAGUGCGGGCCGCCAUUCCGCUGCUCAGAGGUGAUAGGAAACCCAAGAAUUUCCAGAAGAGGCCUUUUAUUCCCAGCAUUGUCUUACUUGUGUUUUGAAAUUUACCAAGUUAUUUCUCAGGCUGCUGUAGUUCAUGCCACGACUCAAAUUGAAGACAUCCUCGAGCAAGCAGACUACCUGUAUGAAAGUGGAGAAACAGAAAAACUUUAUCAAUUGCUAACUCAGUACAAGGAAAGUGAAGAAGCAGAGUUACUGUGGCGUUUGGCACGGGCAUCACAUGAUAGAGCUCAGCUUAGCAGGACUUCAGAAGAGGAGAAGCAGCUUUUUAUUUACGAAGACCUUGAGUAUGCGAAAAGAGCACUCGAAAAGGAUGAGUCAAGUUUUGCUGCCCAUAAGUGGUAUGCAAUCUGCAUUAGUGAUGUUGGAGAUUAUGAAGGCAUCAAGGUUAAAAUUGCAAAUGUCUACAUUAUCAAGGAACAUUUUGAGAAAGCAAUUGAACUGAACCCUAAAGAUGCUACCUCAAUUCACCUUAUGGGUAUUUGGUGCUAUACAUUUGCUGAAAUGCCUUGGUAUCAAAGAAGAAUUGCUAAAAUGCUGUUUGAAACUCCUCCUAGUUCCACCUAUGAGGAGGCCUUGGGCUACUCUCACAGAGCAGAACAAGUGGAUCCAAACUUCUACAGCAAAAACUUGCUUCAUUUAGGAAAGAUGUAUCUGAAGCUAAACAACAAAAAGCUUGCUGCUUUAUGGCUAAUGAAAGCCAAGAACUAUCCAGCACACACUGAACAAGAUAAGCAUCAGACAGAAGCUGCUCAGUUACUUACAGGUUUGUGA